AUGUCAUUAAGGGAAGCACUUGCAUCAUACAAGGUGUCAAAUAGCAUGGAGAGAGGGUGUGCCCAGGAGAUUGUAGCGCGACCAAUUUCGUCUAAUUAUUACGUACGCACGAGUUUCUGGCGUCUGUGGGAUCCAAGCCUUGUGAAUGCGUUCGGUGAGUCCUGUAGAAGGGUGCUUUUCACGAACGGUUACCAUGUUUUGUUGUGUCACCGACGGAUAAUUAUUGUAGACAAGAACCAGCAGCCCUUUUCCUUUCCCCCUUUCGGUUGCGCGAUUAAUGAUGCAUAUAUCGAAAGAGUUAGCAGUCGAUCUUUACUUGUAGUAGUUGGCCUGGCAAAGGGUGUUUUCACCGCAUUGAUUCGCCAUGAAGAUCAUCAGUACUAUAUCAGAAAAACAUUUCACACACCCACGAGCACAUCGGUAUCAAGAAUUCAUCGCCUGAAGAAAGAUCUAUUUGGACUUUGUUACGAAAACUGCACUGUGCAAAUUCUGUCUGUUGAGCUGUUCGGUGACGAACUUGAUGUCUCCAUGUGGAAGGGUAUCGAAAACUGGCGUACGAUGGCCUCCAGUCUUUUUUCGAGAAGGACCCAUAGGGACAGUUUUUUCGAUCAAGCCACCGGCUACCUGAUGGUACUUUCUGACCGAGACCUUUCACUAUGGGCAUGUAUCGAAGAGGGAGAAUUUCGCGUUCAAUGCUCGUUGGACUUGAGACAAGAAGCCGUGGCCGUCCUCCCCUGUAAUGCUAAGGGAGCUGUGGCGAUAGUGGUUCUGCGCUCUGGUGACCGUGUGCCUGUAUUGGUACGCGAGGCUUCUAAGAGGCCGCGACUGGGGUUACUAAGUCCGUCCGCGCUUUGCAUGGAGGCCCAGCAAGUGGUGAAGUUACCUGCAAGUAUCAGUGCCAUAAGUGUUUCCCAUGCAUGCACUGGUGCCAACACUAUUAUUAUGUACGAUGAGCUAACGAUGUCACUGAUUACAAUAGUUCAGAAUGUGCAGCCUUUGCCAUUGCAUGAAAAGUCAAAUUUUCGCGCAGAUGUUGUUUCCCAAAUUAGCCUCAAUGAAAAGGCGUGUAGUCUGAGUUUUGAAGGGAAUCCAGGUGCCUCCGAUCGUGGGAUGUUUUGGGUUUAUAACGAUCGCACGUCCAUCAUGAGUCUGAAGAGAGUUUCGUUGAGUAAAUUAAUGAGGGAAAAAUAUUUAGAUUCAAAAAUAGAGGGUGAAAAGUUGCUCGCUAAGCUUAGUCCCGAAUAUUACGCAGAGCUUCUCAUCGAUGCGGCGCUAGGCGGGUUUUCGUUGGAGAGGAUGUCGAGCAGCUUGAAUGCUCUUUUACUUCCUGUUGUAAAGGAUCAUUCAACUCUCCGUGUUUCCCCGGCAGCGAUUGGCUUUACCAACUUUAUAACAACAGAAAUGGACAAGAUGAAUGAGAUUUGCUCUUCCUCGUCUUCGUACUGGGAGCAGGUAAGUGAUAUUAAUCGGUCAAGGCAGCGUCUAUUGCACAGUUGCACUGCGCUUUCCGCAUUUCUUCUUCAGGGUGGUUGGCUAGACUGUGCGACUGAUCACCAUCUCAAAUGGUCCUGCUUUGAGGCCCGUGCCAACCAUCCGAUUACGCAGAGCAUUGCCAUUGAUGCCCAGGCCCAGUAUCUUGGUACCUUAUUAGACCUUGCCAAGCACACGAGCAUUCUCGCGUGGCUCUAUAUGCUUCUUAUUGAGGCUGGCAAGUCCGAGUUGUUCAGCGGCACGCUCUCGCAGGCGCUCCGUGAUAAUGAUCCCAUGGACCUUGAGGUGCGUUAUACAUUCGACUUGCUCUCCUGCGGGGAUCUCAGGAUGACCGAGAAGCUGCUUCAUGAGAUCCAGUUGCUGCCUCCAAAAGCACAACUGGCGGUGCGCAUCCAUUCCUGGGUGCAGCGUGGAAAGCCGGAAGAGGCUCUGAAGGUCGCAAAGGAGCGAAUGCGUGACGUUUUGAAGUUUGUGUUGUUUGAAUAUGUUUGUGAUUUACUUGAAGGUGCAAGCUCGGAGCUUUUGCCGACAACCCACCUCCUACUGGAACACUACCGCUUGGAUCCAUCAGUUACCAACACACUUCUCAAUAAAUUGGAAAGUCUUCCAACGUCUGGAGGUGCCUUAAAGAGAAACUUAAAAUGUAUCUUUGACGCAGACGAUUUACCUCAGCUGUGGGAUGUUGUCUUUGGUUGGAUGGAGCAGCACAAUCUCACCGAUGAGCGUAUUGAAAUCUUUGCCUCAUUAGCUGCGGAGUACCGGAAAGAUAUGAACUUUUCCAGUACCCCGUCAGGACGUUUUUUCUACUGCUGUAGCCAAGAAGCACAGGGUAAUAAUCUUGUUGCCGCAAAGUUGUUUGGUGAGCUUGCCCGUGCACCUUUGGCAGUCCCCUUAUCUGCCCGUCUCGUUUGUAUUGAACAUGCCCUUCAAAAUGCCUCAUCAGAUGCAGAUAAGCUCACGCAGUUCCUUUUACUUCUCCAAAAACAAUUGGUCGAGUUACUGGAGACCCAUUUGAGUAGCUAUACGGGCGAUUUUGUUUGUGCGAGAUCUGUCAUUGAGUCGGACGUGUCCUUGCUUCAGCAGCAUUGCUUAGAGGGAAGGGUUUUAUUUGAGAUUGCUGGCCGCUAUCAUGCGCUGGGCGGGGCCAGUGUAGAGUUAGACAUCCUCAAAAUUAACUCGGGAGCGUCCGAAGAGGUCGUUUCGCGCGCUCUCAUUGGCAUGGUUACAUUUCUGAAAGCGGCAGGGCUAAACGCUGAGGAAUCAGCUAAACGGGUAUUGCACGAGUACCUACCGUAUUUUCAAGAAAGUUUCCCAGUUUAUCCGAUUAUACUUUUUCUUUCUUUUGACGGAAAGGGAGUUGAAGAAAUUGUGAAUACGCUGCUUGCAAAUGAAGUACCUCCUAUUUCUAUUUUCGGCGCGUUAUCACGGUUGGUGCAUGACUAUGGGAGCACAAGCUUUUCGCUCAGCAAUACUGUACAGGUACUGAUUUCGAUCAUCAAGCGGAUGCCCAAGGAAGAGCGCUCGGUCUGUAUUCUACAUCUUUUACAGUGUAUACGUGGCAUCUUAGCUAGGGAGGACCGUGCGGUUGGUUUAACCUCAUCUGAUGUGGUUGCGCUAAAGACGGCCGAAGAGACACUGAAGAAUAUGUCACAAUAG